GGCUAUACCCUUGGAUCAAUUUGAAAUUUCGCAACUCAAAUUCCGAAGUUACUGUCUAUCUAAAGCGGAUGGUCAGUAACCUCCAUCUGGAAUAUUUGGCUGUGCGGACUAUGUUCACUGUUUCACAGUUAAACUGCAGGUUUAUUAAUGUUUCAUCGGCAAUAAGAAGGAUCUUCAUCACCGUACCAUACAAUCAGUGCGUUAAUACACAUUGCAUCACUGUCUUUGACUCAAGAUGUGAAGUUAGGCUACUUUGCAAUUUGCAAAUCUGUUAAUUCAUCAUUCAUGUGUCACUGACUCGGUCAGGAGGCGUAUCAGCUUUUCUCCUCAGUCAGUGUUAAAUUGCAUGUUUAGCUGGACCCUUGUGAAACAUCGCCGGGGAAUGAAAAAACAUGUAAAGUUCGAGGGAAAUAACUUCAGUAGAGGUAUUAUGCACCAAAUAUCUCCGAGAAGUCUCCUUUGGCCAGACAGGUCAUUUGGACACCACGCAAACGGAUUUGGAGGUGUAACUCGUGAAGAGACGACUGAUUCAAGGAUAACGAAAUGCUCUCCUCCACGUCAUAUGAAAGACCCUCUAGUAGCAACUAUCCAGAUAACUACGACUUUGGCAGAUGCUCCGUUUCUGCAGCUAAACACAUAUCUCUUCAAGCAAUCUAGGCUGACACCUGGACAGAAGCACUAUUUGCGCACCAUUGCAGGAGUCCACAGUAAAGAACAUGUGUGGAAGCUUCUCCAGCAACAUUACAUGAAUGUUGCACACAGGUGCAUCAGGACAGGGUUGGAUUCUAUGACAAACCUGAGUGUCAAAGCCAGUGAAUCACUUGAGCCGAAUAGGAGUGUUGCUCAAGUGAGUGUGACUGAGAGAGAAACACUUCCUAAAAUACUCAACAAGUCUGGCCAGAAACAUUUGAACAAAGGGAAAAAUACUCUUCCCAACAUCUACAACCGGCAUAAAUGGGCGGCGGCUAACAAUUUUGAAUCAAAGAAAGGACCCACUAGGAAAUCAAGGAUAUCCAGUGAUCGAACACACUUCUCAACUAAAGGAGCAGGUCUUAGCAAGCCUGAUGUACGGAAGGACAAUGAUGAUGAAGACUCACUGGAUGAACUAAUCAGAGCUCUUUCGAUGGAAGACGAUGAGGACUUUUUUCUUUGACAUGCGCUGCAUCUACUGCUAACUUUAAUGUUAGAAUACCUCACAUUCUGUCCGACACAUUUUCACAGUUUAUUUGGCAUCUGAAAUUAUUCACUAAAA